UAUGAAACUCAUUGUGAGAGGCACAAGCUGUGUGGCCGGCGGGGUGCAAGACGUUUUGGCACCGUUACAUCUUACUUCUUACCUCCAACGUCUUGUGUUCCGAUCAAGGAUCCUUCCAGGAUGUCUUACUGAGAAGACUGACUGACAAGCUGUCACUUGAGAAGUUCUCCAGCAAACCUCAAGACGUCGUGUCUACUGCCUGAUGCAGCUGGGAACAUCUUAAGACAACUUGAAGGUCAUUAUUUUACAAGGUGUGUCUCCACCAUGUGACAGCCUCCUCCUCUCCAAGGUCAUCCCAAGGGCACGUCAGCCUCCCGCACCACUCAGGAAGUGAGCUGUUCUCUAACGUCCUUCACAGCGCUGGUUUGUGGACAGCAAUGACAUUGUCAAGGUCGUGGUACAGUACAGCUGGGAGAGAAUUCGAAGGGACCAACGGCAAACUGUAACAGAACCAGCAAUCACCGGCCAACAUUCCGAAAGCGUUUCUGUCGCAAGUACUUGAUCUGGAUCCAGAUUUUCAGAUCUCAUAGGUAGAUCUGGAUCAGGUAGAGGAUCAACCUUGGAUCUGCGGGAUUGUCAAAUCUGGAUCUAAGUAUCCAAGCUGUAAGUUACAAUAGCAGAACUGGCAACCACAGGCCAACAUUCCCCAAACGUUUCUGUUGCAAGCACUGGAUCUAGAUCCGGAUUUUCUGGUUUCUGAUCUCAUAAAAAGAUCUGGAUCAGGUAGAGGAUCAACCUUGGAUCUGUAGGAUUGUUAGAUCUGGAUCUAAGUACCCCAAGAAGGCAAUGAUCUGACUGUGAGAGAGAGAUAACUUCACAUCCAUUCCAGCUGGGCUACAGCCACAAAACUGCCUUGUUACUUUAGUAUUUCACACUAAUUAUAUAGUACCUUCAGGCAAAACUGCCAACUAUAUCACUUCAAGGCAGUCCGCUAUUUUGAGAUCUCUUCAGUCAGUUAAAGACUCUUGCUUUGUCCAGACGUCUCAGGGAAUUCUUAAGAAACCAUGCCGGGACUCUCCACUCUUGGAAGUGACCCAGGUUUACAGCGGCUUCUGCAGUCCCUGACCCAUGUACAGGGGAAGGUCGAAGGUCAGCAGAAUGACCUCUCCUUCCUCAACAACUUGUUCCAAAGCAGGGACUUCGAGGCUCUUCUUAAGGUACACAGUAUAGUGUCUGCACAUAUGGAACAGGAUCCCAGUCCUGUCAUGUACACUUCAGCUGCACUGGCGCUCGAUAUUUCUGAAGAACUUCGCUUCAUGAUGCCAACCCCAGAGAACUUGGAACUCCUCAGAUUACUGAACAGUCCCCACAUCAGGGCUCUCCUGUCUUCCCACGACCGAGUGGCGAACAAGGAGUUCUCCCCCCGUCUUCCCGACAUUGAGUCUGACUUUGAGGAGGAGGAACAGUCCCUCAAGGUCGUCCAGCUGAUAAAAAAUGAGGAACCACUGGGAGCCACGAUACGGCUGGAGGAGAAGACGGGUCAGAUCUUCAUUGCCCGGGUGAUGAUUGGCGGCGCGGCAGACCGCAGCGGCCUCAUGGCGGUCGGCGACGAGAUCUGGGAGGUCAACGGCAUCUCCGUACGUGGGAAAACGCCGGACGAGGUCGUUCAGAUUUUGAGCAACGCGGUCGGGACGAUCACCUUCAAACUGGUGCCCGCUGACCUUGACCUCAGGCCUCCCAAGGACAGCAAGGUACGAGUGAAGGCGCACUUCGACUACGACCCUUUUGAGGACAAGAACAUCCCGUGCAGGGAGGCGGGCCUCCCGUUCGUGCGUGGCGACGUGCUUCACAUCGUGAACAUGGAGGAUCCCAACUGGUGGCAAGCUCGUCGCGAGGGAGACAGCAGCGGUCGGGCUGGGCUCAUUCCAGGCAGGCUCCUGCAGGAGAGAAGAGAGGCGCAGCGGCAGGGGCGCGCGGCUAACGGAGGAGUUCACAGUAACAAACCCAGCAAAUCUCCUCAGAAGUCUCGCUGGGGCUCCUUCCGCAGCAGUAAGAAGAACGCGAAGACGCGGAAGGUCAUGUACCAGGCACACCAGAAUGAUGAAUAUGACACCAGAGAAAUCCUGACCUAUGAGGAGGUGGUUAAAGUUCUGCCCAGACCAGGCCGGCCUAGACCGGUCGUUCUGAUUGGUCCGCCUGGGGUUGGGAGAAACGAGCUGAAGAGGAGGCUGAUCGCCAGCGAUCCUGACAUGUACAGGAGCACCGUGCCUCACAUGGCCUAUGACACAACAAGACAGCGGAAGAACGUGGAGGUUGAUGGGAAGGAUUACCACUACGUCUCUCGGCAGGUCAUGGAGGCUGAGAUCCAGAACAACAAGUUGAUCGAGUACGGGGAGUACCGCGGGAACUUGUACGGGACUCACAUCGACUCGGUCCGCGCCGUGGUGCAGGCGGGGCGCGUCUGCGUGCUCUGUGUACAGCCACAGGCCCUGAAGCUGCUGAAGACCUCUGACCUCCAACCCUGUGUGAUCUACGUGAAACCGCCGCCGUUGGACCGGCUGAGAGACACGAGGCUGGCCGCCAACGCCAAGUCCACACACGACCCCUCCGCAUCCAGGACCUUCUCGGAGGAGGAGCUACAGGAGAUGAUCAUCAGCGGGAAGAUCGUGGAGGGUUUGUUCGGGCACUACUUUGACUUUGUGCUGACCAACGACAACCUGCAGCAGGCUUACAGCGACCUCAUCAACAUCUGUCACAUGAUCCAGACUGAGCCGCAGUGGGUCCCCGCAGCAUGGGUCAAAUAAGGUCAACUGCUGACCCAGGGGUGAAUAGGUCAACAUCUGUCCUAGAGGUCAAAUAGGUCAACACACAACCCAACGGUCAAAAAGGUCAACACUUCACCCAGGGGUUAAAUAAGUCAACACAUGACCCUAGGGUCAAAUGGCUCGACACCUGACCCCAGGGGUCAAAUAGGUCAAUACCUGACCAGGGGUCAAAUAGGUCAAUGUAGUCAGUAUCUGUCAAGAUCUGGACUGGCAACCAGGGUCAAGCAGUCGGUACUUGCCUUAUGAAUUGUAGAAUUGGUAGGUCAUAGUGCAGAGGUCACAGACAAAUCAGUACUUGUCACAUGAUCCAGACUGACCAACCACGGGUAACGGCAAACUGGGUCGAAUAGGUGAAGGAUUUUAGGUCAACAGUGAGCGAGAGCUUGCCUUAUCACCCAGACAACUUCAUAAGGUGACUUUCCUGAGACUGAAAGGUGACACUUUAGAGGUCACAGGUCACUAUGUACUGAAGUCAAUCUGGGUCAAGUACGUCAAAGUUUACAGGUCAUAGACCUGAUUGUUAACUUUGGCAUUUUUAAAACUCAGUGGAAGGUUUCGCCUGGGCCAAUUAGGGUGAUGAUCAGGGACCAUAUUUGGGCAUCAGCUAGACGCUAUGCUAGAUUUGCUAGUCUAGCCUGUCAGGUCAGAGGUCAAAGGUUGUGCAAAAGUGAUUUGUUAAGUUUAUUAUUACUGUCAGCCUAGGAAAGAGCACAUUUAAAGUGCAACUUUGUAUAUAAAUGUGAAAUUUAUAGAUUUCAUGCAAAUUUGAAUCAGCUGUAGAUAAGCAAUUAUUGUGGCCAUAUAUGGCAAUGUUGCAGGCGAAGGGUCAAAGGUUGGGUCAAAGGUCCAAUCAGGUUGGCAGCUUGUGUCAGCAGGAAGAUCAUGUAAAUGUUGCAGGGUGUUACUGUGAAGUCAGUGGUUUAAAUCAAACUGCGGGACAAGGUUUCUAACAAGGUUUCUAACAAAGUCAAAUGUUUGUCUUUCAUCCGUAACUGUGACAGAGUCAGUCAAUGUAAAUGUCAUAUGAAAAUGAGUAUAGUAUGUCUCUGUAUCACUAGGCUCCAUCAGAGACCUUAUCCAGUAGUUUGAUUUAUUUUGUGUGAUUGUAUGAUGUUGCUGGGAGCUACAUACAAUUAUGGUACAAUUGUAAGCUUCAUGUGACAGACAAUGUUACAGUUAUAGGGCUGGAAAUGUCGCUUGAGUAUGUAUAGGAAGUUUUUGUCAAAAUUUCAGGUGAAAUUCCUGAUGACAACUUGCAAUGUUGAAAGUAUAUUUGGGAACACAAACAAUGUGCAUUUGUAUUAUAGCCCAUGGUAGUGAUGACUGAUAUGUGGGUUGAGUGGGGAAAAAGACUGUGUCGACAAACAAAUUUGAUCAAAUCAUUAAGAUGUCACAUUCCAUGUACAUGUAUGAAGUCUAUCCCUGUGGUUGUUUUAUUUUCAUUUUUAUCAAACAGAAGUAAGAUUGGUGUGGCCUUAUACUAGAUGGUUGUCACAUACAGGUAGUCAUUAUGAGUUUCUUUGUAACAUAA